GGCGCGUCAUCGGCGACCUUCAUUCAACCUUUUGACGUCUCGCUCUGGCUCAAAAUACUGGCCGCAGUCGUUCGGUUCAUUUAAACUGUGUGUGCACGCCUUCCAGUAAAGGUCGCUAGAAGCCGAAUCUGUGCUCUCGUUUUUAUAUCGGUGAAGUUACAUUCUAACCGCAAGCCUAUCAACAUGACUACCUACUUCAACUACCCACCCAAGGAUGUCCAGGAGGAGCUGGCCCGCAUCGCCAAGGCCAUCGUUGCCCCCGGCAAGGGAAUCCUGGCUGCCGAUGAGUCGACCGCCACCUGCGGCAAGCGUUUCGCUGACAUCGGCGUCGAGAACAACGAGGACAACCGCCGCCAGUACCGUCAGCUGUUGUUCACCGCCGACGACCGCCUCCAGGAGAACAUCUCCGGUGUGAUCCUGUUCCACGAGACCCUGUACCAGAAGAGCGAUGACGGCACCCCGCUGGCCGCCAUGCUCAAGAAGAAGGGCAUCCUGGCCGGUAUCAAGGUCGACAAGGGUGUUGUGGACCUGAUGGGAUCCGAGGGCGAGUGCACCACCCAAGGUUUGGAUGACCUGGGUGCCCGCUGCGCUCAGUACAAGAAGGACGGCUGCGACUUUGCCAAGUGGCGUUGCGUGCUGAAGAUCGGCAAGAACACCCCCAGCUACCAGGCCAUCCUGGAGAACGCCAACGUGCUGGCCCGCUACGCCUCGGUGUGCCAGUCGCAGCGCAUCGUGCCGAUCGUCGAGCCCGAGAUCCUCCCCGACGGUGACCACGAUCUGGAGCGUUGCCAGAAGGUCACCGAGACCGUGCUGGCUGCGGUCUACAAGGCCCUCAAUGACCACCACGUCUUCCUGGAGGGAACCCUGCUGAAGCCGAACAUGGUCACCGCCGGACAGAGCUGCGCCAAGAAGCCGUCCGCUCAGGAAAUUGCCCUGGCCACCGUGCUGGCCCUGCGCCGUACCGUGCCGGCCGCCGUGCCCGGAGUCACCUUCCUGUCCGGUGGACAGUCCGAGGAGGAGGCCUCCGUCAAUCUGAACGCCAUCAACCAGGUGCCGCUGCUGAGACCGUGGGCCCUGACCUUCUCGUACGGACGUGCCCUGCAGGCUUCGGUUCUGCGCGCCUGGGGAGGCAAGAAGGAGAACAUCAAGGCCGCCCAGGACGAGCUUAUCAAGCGCGCCAAGGCCAACGGUGACUCUUCCUUGGGCAAGUACGGUGGUGGUGUCGUUGGUGCUGCUGGACAGGGUAGCUUAUUCGUCGCCAACCACGCUUACUAAGCGGCUCCCUGGUAGGCAUAAUAAUCCACCUCUCCACCCCUCAAAAUACCUCUCCUCCUCAAUGAAAGUAGUAUCUUCAGGUACCCAUUAAUACAGCUGUUGCCGUACCCUACUAACCUCAGCAGCAUAUAAUUGUAGCAUAUGGCAUCAGUAUAUGUAGUUGUUUGCAUUGCACCCUCUCGGGAGAAAAGCUUGAGAUUGUGCUUUGUAGAGCUAGGAUGUGUACAACUCAAAUAAAGCAACGCAAAUAAAAAUCUCAUCGGUAAGAUGCUGGUAGUUGAACUCGAGAGGAUAUUGAUUAAAAGGACAGGACAAAGAUUACACACUAAUCGCCAUCAUCACCAGUCAAAGAAACUAUAGUAAUUUGUUAAAAUAUUAGCAAAGGCAACGCAGGAGAAGCCAUGCUUCAUAAAAUUAAGCAAAAUGAGAAAAUGAUUGCAUGUAAGAUCCAUCGAAGGGUUGAAUUCAACACCAUACCCCUUUAUUUUGAAAUUUAUACUCAUUUUGAAAUCCAUGUGUAAAACAACAGUCAUCGCAUCAAACAGACCAAACCAAACACAGAGGACAGAAUAUUACAAUAAACUUUACCAAAUUCAGUCAUCGGAGACGGAGAUGAUUAUUAGAAUUAAAAUGUUUCGUUCUAUCGUUAGGUUUACGUAUUUAAACAAACACAAAAACCACGGUUAUUACAAAAUGAACAACAGUUGGUUGAACUAGACAAGGAGAUAAACUGAAUGUUAAAGUCAAACUGA